AUGGACGCAGAGGACCUGAAGAAAGAACAUCGAAAUAUUCAAUCUAAAUUGUUUACACCUGUCCAUGAGCACAUCAAUAUCGAAGUCACAGUCAUUUACGACAAGCCCAGCGAUAUCAAGGCUAGUUCAUAUGUGGGAGAGCCUAGUCUAGUGGUUGAUGAGGCCUGGUAUCGACUCUUGCGUCAUCACAACAUACGCAUUAUGGAAGAUGAGCUGCAAGCAAUGAACCAAACCUCUAUUCCCCUCCGUCAUGGGGGUGGAUAUCAAGGAAUGAUGGCCGUCUUCCACGAACUACAUUGCUUGAAACUCGUUCGUGAAGCCGUCCAUGCCGACUACUAUUACGCAGAAAAAUCCCAUGCCGAGAGAGCCAUGUUGAUUGGCCAUACAGGUCAGUUUUAUUCUAGCUUCUUCCGUUACCUGCAUUCACCUCCCUGA